UGUUUGUCACCGUUAUUUCCACGCGCAUGCGCAGUGUCGCUUCACCGCUACCUGGCCUCAGGUCCGACCUGCGCGUCGCUCCCGGCGCGCUUCGCACGCAGAUGAACCAGGAGGUUCUCUUCGGUCUGCGGUUCGCGUGACUUGGGGUAAAACCUGCAACGCGGAUUUCUUUUACCUGGGGCACACCUGUGUAUCACACCUGGGAGAGAGCGAGAAGGUUGGUAAAAAUGCGGGGGAAGGUAGAAACGUUGUAAAAGGAUCGGAAGGAGGAAGAAAGGUUCGGAAAAGCGCAGAAGCUGAUGAGUGCUGGCGGAGGAGUGUAUCCGGGAUAGUGACCGAACCCGAACCCUGGACCUCCAGUGAUACAGGAGGAAGCCGUGCGAGCAGCUCCACCUUCACACGCGGAGGAUCGGCUCGGGUCUCCGGGAACGACCCCCUGGCUGGGUCCGUUUCGUUUCGUUUGGUUUGGUCUGAGGAGCAGCAGAUGCCUCGCGCGUUCAUGGUGAAGAAGGUGAGCGUCUCACCUGGGAAGCGCACCUGGAGCCAAGCGUUGGAGCGCGAGAUCGGGACAACCUACACACCAGGUGUCCCCCUCAGUGGCGUGCAGACGGCAGCCAGUCCCGCAGAGUCCAGCCCCCGCUGCCCCACAUGGCUGGAACACAUCAAGUGCAGUGGUCACGUCCCUGUUGCCGAACUGCCCUCCUGCUCUGCCCUGGCGGAGGAGGGACCAGACCCUGGGGGGCAGGCUGAUGAUGUGUGUGCCAAUUUCUUCCGCCCCAAGAUCAAGGUGACUACAGGUGAGAUGGACAUGGUGACGCGGGACUCUGGCUUGUCCACAGCUCCCGUCUCGACGCCCGCGGUGCCACCAGAUGUGUCCCCAGGGCCACCGGUGCUCGCAUGCCAGGUGUGCCAGAAGGUGUUCCGCGUGCAGCGUAUGCUCAAGCGCCAUCAGAAGUGUCACAGCGAGACCAAGAAGCACCUGUGCAACUACUGUGGGAAGGGCUUCAACGACACCUUCGACCUCAAGAGGCACGUUCGCACACACACAGGUGUGCGGCCCUACAAGUGCAGCCAUUGCGAGAGGGGCUUCACCCAGCGCUGCUCGCUCGAGUCCCACCUGCGCAAGAUCCACGGCAUCGCGCAGCCCUACGGCUACAAGGAGCGCCGCAGCAAGCUGUACGUGUGCGAGGAGUGCGGCCUCACCGCCCUGGUGCGGGACACUCUGCGGCGCCACCUGCUGGCCGCUCACCCCCACAGCGCGUCUGCUGCUGUCGCGGCCAGAGGAGGGCAUCCCGCCAGGGAGAAGGGAAGGGAGGAGAUGUCCAUGAGCUCCCCUGCAUCUGAGAAUGGCCUUGACAGCGAUGGUACUGCGGGUCCAGGGGAGGGGAAGGAGUGAAGUAGAGAGAUGGACAGCAGAGCAUAACGGGAGGGCUCUGCCCACGUCCUGGUGCCCUACACGACAAAAUUGUGUCCUGCGGGAAACGUGUGUAACGUUCUCGCGGUGCGCCUCUAAUGCUGAUGUGACAGAUGCACAGAUGAACGGGGGGGGGGGGUCUUUAUUUUGCUGUAAAUAAAUGGCAGGACCAGCGCUGCUACGCCCCCAGGUGGCCUGUUGUAUAGCAGGAAAAGCUCAAGGGCUCUUGGGAUUUAUUUUUUCCGUACCUCGCCCGAUCUUUUGAAAUCAUUCUUCGGAUGGAAAAGAACACAUGAAUGUUUUCCGCUCGCCGAAAAGUGGCCCAAGGAGCGAAUGAGUGCAGAAACGGGCCGUCGGUAGAACCUGGGACGGUUUCCUUGCAGCGCCUUCCGAAUGCGGAGAGGGUUAGAAAGGAGGACAUAAGUACCAAACAUCCUGAUGAUUUAUACACCACUUGAAAUGUCGUGAUGCAACGGAACACCACGUUAUACAACGGGCCUGUGCUCCUUUCUCAGGUUCCCCGUUUUGAACCCUCUUAGCGAGGUCCAUUAAUUGUUUAGGAAAAAAAUAUCCAGCAUGUGUGGCUUAAGUAUAAGCUAAGUCAUUGUGAAUAUAUGACAUUAUAUAUUUUCAUGAAGAAUAUAUGAAAGUACUUUUUUUUUUUUUUUUUUUUUUUUUGUGAGGGGCAUACUAAGAAAUUCCUUCAUGGAAACGGCAAGUGGGCAGGGUCCUGGUGUCGGACACUGAUGGGCACAGAGUGAACGCGGUAAAAAAAACUGGAGUCGCCCCACAGUUAUGAUGAAAUACUCUGCCACCGAUAUGAUUCUUCUGGUUAUUCCUGGUGCUGGAGCACGUCUGUCACCGUGACGCAGGGGGUAAAAGUGCUCUGAAGGAGAUGGUAAACUUUCUCUUUACAUUUCUUCAUUUAUUGUGCUAUAAAUAUGUGUAAACAUAUGUAGAAGAAUUAGGUCUUUUAUUCUAGGCUGUUAUGCUAUUCUAUGUUGUUACCGUACUGUAACAUCUUUGGGGUGGGGGGUGCGGGGUCGCUCAUCUUUCAGUACUGCCACAGGGUGACUAUAUGUUGUUCACUAUUCUGGAAAAUUGUGUAUAUUUGCUUUAAAAAAAAAAAAAAGGGAAAAUAGUAGAGCUCUGUUACUGAAAUGUUUUGUGUAUACAGGGUAACGGGCAGUAAAAUUCACUGUCCAGCUGAACACAGUUUUUGUGCUGUCCUAAUUUCCUACUUUAAUUUUGUGUAUGUAAAACAUUUGUUUCAUUCGCAGCUUCUCCACAUUAAAUGUUUCGC